AAUUGUUUGUGUUCUGUUCUUGUUGAUUUUAUUUGUAUGUCGUCUAAUGUAUUUUCCUUUGUCUUUCAGGACCCAGCUGGAAUUUUCGAUCUAAUAGAAGUCGUUGGCAAUGGAACAUACGGUCAAGUUUACAAGGGCCGACACACCAAGACGGGUCAGCUGGCGGCCAUCAAGGUCAUGGAUGUGACGGAGGAUGAGGAGGAAGAAAUCAAAUUGGAGAUCAAUGUUCUAAAAAAG